AUGUUCCCUCUUAUGAUCAGGAAUUUUCAAAUAGGCAAGUCAGAAACAGUUCUUGAGGAACCCAAACCAGCGCUGAGAAACAAGUCAAUAGAAAAGCAUCAAAGACUGCCUUACAUAUAUGACUACACCAUCAACGAGCCUGACAAGUGCAAAGAUGGCGCUCCAUUCCUCAUUCUACUCAUUACGGCGGAAAGGUGGCAGAAGGAAGCCCGACAGGCCAUCCGACAGACGUGGGGAAAGGAGGACCUUCUACCUGGAGUCAAGACGCUCCGGCUCUUUUUAUUAGGGAAGGACAACAAGUGGACUGAUGAUGCCAACAAGUCUCUGGUGGAGGAAAGCCAGGCCUUUCACGAUAUCAUUCAACAGGAUUAUCUGGAUACCUACAGAAACUUAACCACGAAGGUCCUCAAUGGUUUGAGUUGGGUUGCCACGCAUUGCCCAGGAGCCUCCUACGUAAUGAAAACGGACAGUGACAUGUUUAUCGGUACCGAAUAUUUAAUAAACAGUCUCCUGAAACCAGAUCAGCCCCCGAGAUUGAACUAUUUUACAGGAUCUCUAUUCAUCAAUGGCCGACCCAUUCGCAACACAGACAGUAAAUGGUAUAUGUCCCCGGAGGAAUACCCAGAGAACGAUUACCCUUUGUUCUGUUCCGGGACUGGCUAUGUCUUCUCCGCAGGCUUGGCAGGUAAAAUCGUUGAGGUCUCCCCAUCCGUUAGGUGGGUCUACCUUGAGGAUGUCUAUGUUGGCCUUUGCCUUAAAAAGAUAGGGGUGCAACCCGUGGCACCACCAAAGGGGACGGAUUUCAAUAUCUGGAGGGUUCAAUACACAGAUUGUGGAUACAGCCGGAUUGUCACCUCCCAUGGAUUGAGUCCCGGGGACAUAAUAUCCCAGUGGAACCAGAUGCAACGAAACAAACACACCUGUGUCUCCACCGACGAGCAGAAACCUUCAUCAAAAUAG